AUGUCCCAACAGAGUGGGUACCGGCCAACUACCUCAUCGCCGCUUGUCUCGCCGCCUUAUCACGAGACCGAAAACGCCAACCACCGCAACAUCCAGCACCGCCCGGCUGCUCUCGCGUUCAAGAGCCCAUCCAGGCCUCCCAAUUUCAACUGUGCCAUUGCGUCCGGCCUCGUGAGCAAGGCGAGCAUAUUUUGA